AUGUCGAGCCACAGACGAGAUGUUUAUUCGUAUUGGGUCGGAAUCAUUUGUGCCUUGCCCGAAGAGCUGACGGCAAUGACUGCGAUGCUGGACGAAACAUACACAGAGACCGACGACAUCGUACAACAGGACGGCAACGCUUAUACUCUAGGGGCUAUCGGCAAACAUAAUGUGGUCAUCACUUGUCUCGCCUCGGGCACAUAUGGAACGGUGGAGGCAGCACGGACUGUCGAUAAAAUGAUGAGCAGCUUCCCCAACACGGAAUAUGGCGUGGUCUUGAUGGUCGGCAUAUGCGGAGGAGUCUGGAGCGAAGCUGUGGAUGUCCGACUGGGUGACGUGGUCGUCAGUCAGCCUACUGGAAGACACGGCGGCGUUGUGCAAUACGACUUUGGCAAGAUUGACAAGGACGGCCAGUUCCUCCCUACAGGUGCUCUGUCAAAGCCACCGCGACAAGUUCUGACGACCUUGAGCAAGCUCAGAGCCGAUACAGCUCUUCACGGAUCUGGUCUGCCCAGGCAUGUCUCUAAGAUGUUCUCGGAACACUCUCACCUUCUGACAGAAUUCGGUCGCCCGGGGACGGAGGAAGACCGUCUGUUCCAAUGGCAUUAUCGACAUCAGUCUGGCUCUACGUGCGCCAAGUGCGAUCUCUCUCUGGUCCAGAAAAGGCCUAUUCGCCCCGACCCUGAUGCAGUUCAAGUGUGGUAUGGGAACAUUGCCUCCGCUAACAAGGUGAUGAAGCAUGCCGCUGAUAGAGACCGUAUUGCCCAACGCGAAGGCGUGAUUGCAUUCGAGAUGGAAGCCGCUGGCCUGAUGGAUACUGCGUGCGCCCUAGUGAUACGUGGUGUUUGCGAUUACGCCGAUUCCCAUAAGAACGAUCGAUGGCACAACUUCGCCGCUGUGGCUGCGGCUGCGUACGCAAAGGAGCUUCUUUUGGCGUACAGGUCGAGGAAGAUGCCAGGCGAGAAGCGAAUUCGCGAACCAGUGGUUAUCCAAGACGCAGGCGCGGGUGCAGGCUAA